UUACAUUCCGCAUGGUCGUAAAAUCCAAUUGGAUAAAAACAAAAUCAGAAGCAUGCAUUUCGCCUCUCAGUCGUUCUGGAACAGCGUUAAAAAGUGGUAGCAAAGGUUAAAAAUUACGCCAACAAGUAACACCGUUUGUUUCUAUUCAUCCAGCAGCAUUUACUGCAUCGUACCGUUAUUGAAGCUGAAAUGACCCAUACUUCUCGGUUCUGAGAUAGAACAACAACGACCUGCAAAAAGGGCUUGGUCAAGUGAAUUCCUUAUCGCCGACAAUGAUUAGCUGUUUUGUUCAGAGGACUGAUCGUCGUUGAUCGACAGCAUAACAGACGUUGGCCCAAAUCAAAAAACAAAUCCCCGUACCCCUACGUGUGCCCCCGUUUGUUUGUUUCACUUUUGUUUCAUGACCACCAGCACACAUGAGGGGAAUGUUGCAAACUCCGGCAACUUUGACCCGUCAUGGGAAAACAGCAUCCUCCGGCAUGAUGACGGCAGUAGCAGUGUUUGCUGGAGCAGGCAACAACGCCAAAAAUCUCAGGCAGGCAUUGCUGUUGGCUGCAGGACGGCAGCCCUACAGGGCAGUUGUAAUCAAAAUAGGACAUCCCGUAAAACAAACCGCCAGUUGCAAGCGAACAGCCUUAGAGAAAGGAACUACACAUUCAGAACAGGUACAUCGAAAAGCCCUUGGACUUGAUACGUUAUUCUGCAGUGAGACGAUCAACUCCCGUCUACUACCAGUGCCAUUGAGUGAUACUAAUUCGAAGCGGCUUUACCAUAGUUUAACGGGGAAUCUGCAAGGUUCAACCGGUUGUUCCAAAAUGGUGCAUACUAAUAGUAACAGCGGAAAUCGGCAGAAUCAGGUCCUAUUAGGUGCGACCAAUGGUGUCGAUAUUUUAGCCUUCGAUCGGCUUCUGCGGACUAAUGCCAAAGACAGUGGUGAACAGAUGGCAAAACUUAUCGAUGGGAAACAAAUUGCGAGCGAUAUUCGCACCGAGCUGCGGGAGCAAAUCGUAGAAUGGAUGGGCCAAGGACAUCGAGCACCGCAGCUAACAGCCAUCUUGAUAGGCGACGAUCCGGCCAGUAGUACUUAUGUGGCAAAUAAAAUGAAGGCUGCUGCAGACGUCGGCAUAAAUAGUACAACCGAGCGCUACGGGUCAGACAUUACCGAGGAUCAAUUGCUAAAGCGCAUCGACGAGCUCAACAAAGAUGAUUCAGUGGACGGCAUUUUGGUGCAAUUACCGGUUCCAGAACACAUCAACGAGCGUAAAGUUUGCAAUUCUGUAUCCUGCGAUAAGGAUGUCGAUGGGUUCAAUGAGCGGAACGUUGGUCGGUUGUGUUUGGACAUGAACACCCUGAUCCCAUGCACACCGUUGGGUGUGCAGGAGCUGAUCAAACGAAGCCAGAUCGAAACAUUCGGGAAGAAUGCAGUUGUGGUAGGUCGAUCGAAAAAUGUUGGUAUGCCAAUUGCCAUGCUGUUGCACGCUGAUGGACGCAACGAUACUUGCGCUAUGGAUGCGACUGUAACCAUUUGUCACCGUUUCACUCCGCCGGCAGAGCUGAAACUAUUCUGUAGGACAGCCGAUAUCAUUGUAACGGCUACAGGCGUGCCUGGUCUGAUCAAGGCAGAUAUGAUCAAAGAGGGUGCGGCUAUCAUUGACGUUGGAAUAACUCGUGUUACCGAUCCGGUUACGGGCAAGAACAAAUUAGUGGGAGACGUCGAUUUCGAAGAGGUACGAAAAGUAGCUGGACAUAUAACACCGGUUCCCGGAGGAGUAGGACCUAUGACAGUAGCCAUGUUGAUGAAAAACACUUUUAUUGCGGCAAAGAAUUUGGCGAAUCAGAGGAAAGCAAAUUGAAAAUUGGUUUCCGAUUCAUGUUAAGAUCUGGUUAAGCAUGUUUUACAAGAGGCAGUAUUUAUAGCGGUUGGAUGUAUCUGUUGAAACCAGCAUACUCAUAAUAAUGGAGUAGGUAGUUCAUCAUACUAGUAAACUAAAACAAUACAAAGGUAGCUAGUAGCGCAAAAUAAUGAUUGACCAAAUUAUAAAUUUGAUCGUAUGUAUUUGAAUAAAAAAAGAACAAACUAAA